GGGUGUGGUAAUGUUUAUUUUUAAAUACCCUUUAUUUAAAUUUACAAUUUGAAGACUAAAUCUCCCACUUUAUUGACAGUUUUUCAAGUGAACUUUGUGAUUUCCAAUACUACCAACAGCCCCUGAAGGCAGCAGAGCCAACCCCUCAUGAUAUGGUUGAACCGCGGUGAUGCUGAUAAGCUGACGCGGAGGAACUAGCUCCUUGUCUCUGUCACGCGCCGUGCUGCAGGUAUAUCUCCCCUUCGAGGCGUUCACGGACUGUUACCGAAAUGUCGCCGCGAUACUCCAACAAAGUAGUCAUCGUGACCGGGGGGUCCAAAGGGAUCGGGAGGGGGAUUGUCAAAGUGUUUGUGGCGAAUGGAGCCAAAGUGGUGUUUUGUGCACCAGAAGGUGCAGCCGGUGAGGCUCUGGAGACGGAGUUAAACAAAGCAGGUGUAGGAUCAUGCACGUAUGUCCCGUGUGACGUCUGCAAAGAGGAUGACAUCAAGAGAUUGAUCGCUUUCACGGUGGAGCACUACGGACACGUCGACUGCCUUGUCAACAACGCCGGGUGGCACCCGCCUCAUAAACCCAUCGACGACACCACGGCAGAGGAGUUCAAGGACCUGCUGAACCUGAACCUCAUCAACUACUUCUUGGCCUCCAAAUAUGUGUUGCCGUACCUCCGAAAGCGUCAGGGAAACAUCAUCAACGUGUCCAGUCUGACGGCAACCAUCGGCCAAAAAGAUGCUGCGCCGUAUGUCGCCACCAAGGGGGCGAUACUCUCCAUGACAAAGGCGAUGGCCGUGGACGAGAGUCUCCACAACGUGAGAGUGAACUGCAUCUCUCCAGGUAACGUGCUCACGCCUCUGUGGAAGGAAUUAGCAGGACAGACACCAGAUGCUGCAGCCACCAUUCAACUGGGAGAAACCCACCAGCUGAUGGGUCGCAUGGGCACGGAGGCCGAGUGCGGACUGGCCGCCUUGUUUCUGGCCGCUGACGCGACUUUCUGCACCGGGAUCGAGCUGCUGCUGAGCGGCGGAGCGGAACUCAACUACGGCAUCAAGAGUCAGAUCUCUUCCUCUCUCCUCGCCCCCUCUCUCCUCGCCCCCUCUCUCCUGACUCCUCGCCCUCUGUAGAAUCGAGACCAUCAGCCUCUUCUUAUUAAUGUCUUUGCAAGCUUUAUUAUUGUUAUUCCCUUUUUUAAUAUUGCUAAUACUUCAUCUUAGUCCCUUGUUUUACUGUAAACCCGUGCUUAUGUUCAUAUAUGCUUUGUCAGAUAUGAUCUUUGCCUUUUUUAAUAAAUGUAUUUUACAUUAUUUGUCUUAUUUUGAAGCACAUUGACUCUAUACGCGAAAU